CAUUUCUGCUCAAUGAGUCAACGACAAGCAUUUGCUUUCACUCCUGGGCCAUCAUGAGGGAAAAACAUGAAAUAUAUUUAAUUCAACAUCUACUGAUCAACAUGGAGUUCCCCUGCCCACUGAACUUCCUACUAUAUGAUGUUCACUCCAAAGAGUUAACUAUAUAUCCCGCUUUUCUCUCCAGAACUUUUGAUGACUUUGCAAACCAGUCAACAAUUCAGCACCAAAGCCUCCAGAGUCACGCUGGCCUGUUGUGACAGGACCACACAAUGACAUGAAGUUCACCCUGUCCUGAAAAUGCCCAAACAGCGGUAACAGAGGUAAAUGGAAUCCCAACAUCAGCACCAGCACGGACUGAGAGAGACCUGAGACUCGGAGUCCUCAGUCUCGGGGGCAGGUUUCCCGCUGUGGCACGGCGUGAAGGUGGCAGAUAAAAAAAUGACAGCAAGACCUCGGAGAACAGCCCUUGCUUUGCUCUUCUUUAGCCUCUUUGGGGUCCUGGAGGCAACAACAAUAUCGUGCAGGAAUGAAGAAGGCAAAGCUGUGGAUUGGUUUAUCUUUUACAAGUUACCUAAAAGGCAAGACAAGGAAAGCAGACAGACUGGGUUAGAGUCCCUAUACCUAGACUCUACAACCAGAAGCUGGAGGAGGAGUAAGCAGCUCAUGAACACCACCAAGAGUGUGUUGGGAAGGACAUUACGACAGCUAUAUGAAGCUGACGCCUCCAAGAAUAAUAACACAGCCUAUCUACUAUACAAUGAUGGGGUCCCUACCUCUGUGAAUUACAGCAGAAAGUAUGGACACACUAAAGGCUUACUGCUGUGGAACAGAGUCCAGGGAAUCUGGCUGAUUCAUUCUAUUCCCCGGUUUCCUCCAACUCCUGAAGAAGGCUAUGAUUAUCCACCCACAGGAAGAAGACAUGGACAAACUGGCAUCUGCAUAACUUUUAAGUAUAACCAGUAUGAAGCAAUAGAUUCUCAGCUCUUGGUCUAUAACCCAAACAUUUAUAGCUGUUCCAUCCCAGCCAUCUUUCACCAGGAGCUCGUUCACAUGCCCCAGCUGUGUACUGGGUCCAGCUCAUCAGAGAUCCCUGGCCGGCACCUCACUGCACUUCAGUCAGCCCAGGGCCAAAAAUUCCUCCAUUUUGCAAAGUCUGAUUUCUUCAUUGAUGACAUCUUUGCAGCCUGGAUGGCUCAACGUUUGAAGACACACUUGCUAACAGAAACUUGGCAGCGAAAGAGACAAGAGCUUCCUUCAAACUGCUCCCUUCCUUACCAUGUCUACAAUGUCAAAGCAAUUAAGAUAUCUGGACAGUCUUAUUUCAGUUCUUACCAGGAUCAUGCCAAAUGGUGUGUUUCCCAAAAGAGGACCAAAAAUCGCUGGACCUGUAUUGGAGACCUAAAUCGGAGCCCAUACCAAGCCUUCAGAAGUGGAGGAUUCAUUUGUACCCAGAAUCAGCAUAUUUACCAUGCAUUUCAAGGCCUGGUUUUAUAUUAUGAGCACUGUAAGUAA